AUGACCACCAAUCCGUAUCUGGACACUUGUCCCCACUUCAUCCGUGAAUAUGAGAAGAAGAAACUUCCUACGCUCGCCGAAUCAGAUGAUCAACCCCAGUAUGUUCACAAUGUGGCGCUGAAGCCUCCGCCUGAGAUUAGUCCCUCCAUCCCCAAGCACAAAGAUUUCAAACACAGGUGCAUCAAGUUCACUGUUGCUGCUGUCAUCUCCUUGCUGCUGCUGCUGCUGGUGGCUGGAGUCCUCCUUGCCUAUUACUUUUCUUCAUCCUGUAUUCAUGGGAUUAAAUGUGGAGAUGGGAACUGCGUGUGGGAGUCCCAGUGGUGUGAUGGGGUUACAGACUGUCCCACAGGCCAGGACGAAGCUAACUGUGUGAGGCUGCGCGGCUCCAGUUUCCUGCUUCAGAUCUACUCGACUCAGAGUAAAGCCUGGAGAUCUGUUUGUUCUCAUGGCUGGACCGAGGAGAAGGGCAGAGCGAGCUGCCAGAGCAUCGGAUACAGCAGGGGCACGUAUUUUAAAUCAGGCCAGCAAAGGGCUGACUCUAAUGAUGGAUUCUUACUAGUGAAGUCUAAGUUCAACCCUCAGGCAUCCAUACUGCAACAACUUGCCUUACAGGUGAACUCCAGCAGGGCGUCUGCAGGACAGCUGGCCUCCCUGGGGUCCUGGCCGUGGCAGGUCAGCCUCCAGGUUGCCGGCUCUCACCGCUGUGGAGGAGCCAUCAUCUCCCCCUACUGGAUAGUCACCGCCGCUCAGUGUGUGACCUGGGCCACCAGUCCUGGAGACUGGGCAGUGUAUGCUGGGAUAGUGGAUCCAUUAGGCCCUCUGUUUAACCCUGCUUACUCGGUGCGUCGCAUUAUAACUCAUGAGGCCUACAACAGCCAGACCCUGAAAAAUGACAUUGCUCUUAUGAGGCUCUCCCAACCUUUGGACAUAACAGGCUCCAGGAACAUCAGACCCGUGUGCCUCCCAAACGUGGGCCUGAAAGUCACUGCUCAUCAGAAGUGCUGGAUAUCACGAUUUGGUCACAGAGCAAAUGACUCUGGAUUUCCAUACCUGAUGGAGGCUCAGGUGUCUGUCAUAGAUGCUCCAGAGUGCAACAGUUUCAUCGCCUACACGAACAGGAUAUCCCAGGAUAUGAUUUGUGCCAGAGACCUGCAAGCAGGAGGCGGUGUGUGCCAUGCUGACGGCGGCGGGCCUCUGGUGUCCCUGAUGGAUGGAGUGUGGUGGCUCAUAGGUGACAGCAUUUGGGGGGAACACUGCGCUGGGCAGGAUGCACCGGGUGUUUACGGCAACGUCGCAUACUUCCUGGACUGGAUCCACCGUCAGAUGAAGAGGUAUCAAGACGACUGAUCACAGGAGCAAAGAUGAUCAACCCGACACGUAUACAGAGAAAAACUUACAUUGAAUUAUUGCAGUUUUCUUUUUCAUAAAUUG